AUGGCGAUACCAAAUGCCGCGCUUCAAAAGUUACUUCAGGAGGUUGAAGCACAAGCCGUGCUUUCCCAGCAGAAAAUCACGCAAACACAGGCAGAACUCACUGCAAAACGCCGUGAUGCCAGAUUGAACCAGCUGACAUCCAAUGAGCUCAAAUCUCUGUCUAAAGACACAAACGUUUACGAAGGUGUGGGGAAAAUGUUCGUUGCUGUGCCCAUGACAGCCUUGAAUGAGCGGCUAGCGACUGAGUCGGCUGCUCUCCAGAAGGACAUUGCCGACUUGGACAAGAAGCUGCACUACCAAGAGACAACAUUCAAGAACAGUCGACAGCAUAUUGAAAAGAUUCUGCAAACUGGUGCCCGCUGA